AUGCGUGGCUGCGUGCGCGGGCCUCGCGAGCUCGCGCACGCCGCCCCUCGCUGUACGGGGCUGUGGCGGCCUCUUCCUCCUGCAUCCGGCGCAGGACGCGGUGGCCGCGACCGGAGCCGGGAGCCAGGGGCCGCGGGGCUCUUCGUCUCCCCUGUGCUUGCCGUGUGCUCUCCUGCGCGCCUGCAGACUCAGCAGGCUGGGAAGGGAGCGGCAGCAGCGCGAGGUCCCCAGCCGAUGGGCAGCCCCUGGGCGCGCUGAGGGGCCGGGCUACUAGCAGCUGAGAAAAUGAUGCAUCCAGUUGCCAGCAGUAAUCCAGCUUUCUGUGGGCCUGGCAAGCCUUCUUGUCUCAAUGAAGAUGCUAUGAGAGCUACAGACCAGUUUGAAAUAUAUUCUUCCCAGCAAAGCAAAUACAGCCACACAGUCAGCCACAAAGCUAUGGCAUGUCAGAGGCAAGAUCCAUUAAGUGAAGCACACUUGCAGACUACAAGUGGCAGAAGCAUAGAAAUAAAAGAUGAACUAAAGAAAAAGAAAAAUCUCAACCGAUCUGGUAAGCGAGGCCGACCUUCGGGAACUACCAAAUCAGCAGGAUACCGGACCAGCACAGGCAGACCCCUGGGAACCACCAAAGCAGCUGGAUUUAAAACAAGUCCAGGCAGACCUUUGGGUACAACUAAAGCUGCGGGGUACAAAGUCAGCCCAGGGAGACCUCCAGGUAGCAUUAAAGCUCUGUCCCGUCUUGCCGACCUUGGUUAUGGCUGUGGCACUGCUGCUUUUCCCUAUCCUAUGUUACAUGGCCGAGCAGUUCAUGGAGUUGAGGAAACCAGCAGUGAAAUCAAGCCACCCAGUGAGUGAAUGAGGCAGAGAAAGAGGGCUUGAUUUAGAAGGAAAAUUGUUAAUAAUCCCAAAGCUUCUUCAUUUUAUGACCUAGUCUUUCCAAUUUUUUGUUUGAUUUUUUUUUUUUUCCUGCUUUUGCUCAAAAGCUGCCAUCUGCUGACAGAUGCACUGAGGGGCACUAGCAGUGACAUUCUCUUUGUACAUAGGUUUAAUUGUAACACUCAAAUAGUUUUUGCCUUUUCUUUAGUGUUAUGGUUGUGUCUCCUAUUUCAUAGAUACUUUGGGGAUGAUUCUAAAUAGAUGAUUUAUGUAUUACACAACUGAAACCAUUAUACCUAUUAAUUUGUGAAGUAAGCCUACACUAUCAUAAAGUUAACAUGUUAGGUAUUUUAAACUGAUGAAACAAAGCAAACUAAUGAUUCAGGAUUACUUGAGGUAAUGGCUGUGAGUUUUUGUAACAUUUCUUUUCAUGAGAUAGGACACAGAUAUUUGGUAUUUGCUUUGGUAUUUACAUAGACCUAAGUUGAUCUUAUUUUUGAUGUUCAAGGUUUAAGCAGGUUCUUAUUUAUUGAUCUACAUGGCAUUCAUUGGUUUAACCAUAUUUCUAAAAGAAUUAUUUAAUAUUUACCUUUCAGCGAUGGUAGGUUAUAUAUUUUUUAAUUAUCUAACAGCAUAUAUACCAAACACUACCAAAAAUUCAUAUUUACAAGAAAUUUAAACUUUUUUAUAAAACUGACAUAACAUACAAUGUGUUGUAAGAAUAGCAUAUUUAAUAGAAAGAGAAACAUUCUUAAGGUCUGCCUGUAGCUAUAGUCAUUACAUUUUAAUGCCUUUCAUAUACUUAAUGAUUUUUACUAAAGCAUUAUGUUUAAAAUAUUUGUUGAAGUGUUCUUCAAAAUGUUUUUAGGGGCUUUUGUUUGCUUGUCUUCUUUUGUUUUUGUUUUUUUCCCUGAGAAAUUCUCCCAUUCAUGAGCCAGGGGAAAUAGCACAGUGAUUUAUGAAUAGACUUUCAUGCCUGAGGCUUGUUUAAUCCCUGGCACCACCAUCAACCAGAGCUGAGCUGUGCUCUGGUCAGAAAAAGAAAUUCUCAAUUGCUUUACUUACUAUGCCUGAGGUUUAUAUCUGCCAAAGGAUACAAAUUGAAUGGUAGACUGUAAAACUGGUAGAAUCAAACACAGUUUUUUGAUUGCCAGAACACAAAUAGUAAGACAUAUAUAGGAAUUCAUCUAUGCAUGAAACAUGUACAAAAUAACUUCAUUAGUUUAAUUAAAAAUUUAAUUGUGGUUCCUUUGAGACCACUCAAUCUGGAAGGGGGAAAAAACUCCCAACUAGUUAGAAGCAAGUGAGAGAGAAAAAGGUGCUGGCUAGAUAAGAUACGUAGAGAGAGGGAAAUCUCUGUCCUCCCUCUUCUGAAAUUUUCUUUGUAAUACACAUUUUUAUUCUAAGUUGGUUCUAAAUAAACUGUUACAAACUUUGGAUUUGAAAAUAUCCACUGAACUUUAAGGUUGCAGAGUAUGUAUUUGCUAUUUUAAAUGCCUUUGAGAUUAUAAUGUAGAUUUGCAGGACCCAGAAACUUUUAACAGGAUUUUUAAAGGGCGCAUAUGAUAUUUGGGCUUGCUCUCAGUUAAUACAUACUCUGAUUGCAAAUGGAUGUCAUGUUUCAUACCUUUUUUAUCAGGAAAAAAGCAGCAAGCCUUCAGGUGUUCCAGUGAUGCCUGACACAAUGAGCUGGACUUUAUGCUGCUCUUUACAGUAAGGUGUUGCAUUCUAUGUGGGGACUUUGUGUGCACUGGCAUAUGACAGUGACCUCAAUAAUUUUAGCUUUGCACAAAUAGUAGAGAACAAUGUUGGUUGAAUACAUAAUCAGUUAUAUCAUUCUGGCAGCUAAAUCGCUUAAUUAAAGAGUUCCUUCUUGCAGAAGCUUAAAAUAUAAAAAUUUCAAUAAUUUACUCAGAACAGUAUAACUUCUGACACACACAAAUGCUUAUGUCUUUAUUUGUGUGAUCAUCAAUCGACUUUUAGUGUGCAUCAUUUAGUUAUUUCUUGAAGUGAUGUCUCAGCAGUUGACUACUUAGAAAUCCCCUUUUGGUUUCCUAGACAAAAUUGUUUAAUUAAAUGUUGUACCAUAAAUUAAGAUACUGUUGUCAAAGAUUUGGUUGCAUAUUGUGUUUUAUAGACUAUAUGUUUGACAUUUCUUUUUCAGUUUGUUUUCAUUCCUGAUUUUGUUAAACACCCUUCCCUUUGCUACAUACAUCCUUCUUCCCCUCUCCGUCUUUCAGCACAUUUACUCAGUGGUGCUGUGCUGUGUGUCAGAAGAUAAAACGUGUUAUUGUCUAUGGAAUUUUGUAUACAUGUUAAUGAAACAGUGAAAUCAACUAAAGGAAGUAUGUUCAUAACAAUGUUUAUCAAUAUCAGGAGCUAUGUCCCGGGGAAAAAGAGGGACGAAUGACUACAGUUAUGAGUGGAUACCAUCGUUUAGAAAGCUGAAUUUGCUGUUCAUGAGCAGUUACGUGGAGUAUUAAGUCUGUAUGCUGGUGAGCAUCUCCUGAUCACUUCCUUUUCUUAUGAACAGUUUAUUGGUGCCAUGCUGAAGAGAAAGACAUCUAAGUGAUAACAUGAAGUCUUAAAAUAGAAAAUAUUUUUACUUCUCUAUACACUAAAGACUACAUUGUGCAUCUUUUGUAACACUGUCUCUUGUCAUGAUAAACACUGAAAUAGCAUGUUAAACAAUUGCCUAUACUUUAAUAUUAUCAGUUGAGGAAAACUGGCCUUUUCCUCCUCUGUAAGAUUGUUCCUUGAACGAGAAAUUGCUAAUUUUAUAUUGUGUAAUUCUGUUCUUCACAAAAUAGGUUUCACUAUUCUGUAGUAAAACUUGGUCAGAAAAUGAUCUGCUAUUCAAGUAAGUUUGCUUUACUUUUUUCUUUAAAAAUAUUAUAACAUGCCUUAUUUAUUCUUACCAAUUAACAAAUAAGGAGCUAAUACAGUUAAGUUUUCAUUUUUUGACAGAUAUAAUCUUGCAUAACUAAUCUUUAGUAUGGGAUGAUUUUGAUACUAUCUUUGGAGUUUUGCACCGGAUAUUAAAAAAAUAAAUAUAUGACACUGUAUAUUAGAAGAAAUGCAUCUGGUUGAUUUUUAAUAUUUGGGGACUUUUUAAAAAUCAGUGUUUCAAUUAGACUAAAAAGUUCUUUAUAUUUUUAUUUACUUUUUAAAUGAAAUGUCUGUCAAAGUAAUGAAAGUAAGUCAUUCCAAAGUGAUGUUUGUCUCAAUUUAGAUGUAUAUUUUCAUGACAUAAGAAUAUAGUUUCUUUGAAUUAAGGAGGAAAAAAAUUACCUGGAUCCAUUUAUUAGACUAAAGGUGAUCCAUCCGGUGUAAGGAAAACCAGUGUAUGAGCUAGAGAAGAAAACUCCUUUAUGUCUAAGAAGCUUUAAAAGCAAUUCAGGGAAUGUUGACAAUACUACUUACUACUCUAUUAGUCAUUGUCUCAAUAUGCAGUAAAAAUUUAAAUCCCUUUAUAGUAAAAUAUAAAUUCACGACUCAAAAUAUUCUUUCCCUGGACAUAAAGUAUUUUGAUGCUAUUAUGUUUUUGUGUUUAUUUUAGCUUAACUAUACUCUAUAAAACUCUAGGAUGUAUCUAAAUCUUUCCUUUGCUUUUCCCCCCUCCUCCAAAGUAGAUAAAUUUGUGCUCUCACAUAUAAUGUAUUUAAUUAUUUGAAAUUUUAAUGCAAUAGUAAAUCAAGAGUGUGAUUGAUUUAUAGUAAUCAGACCACUUUGAUUCUUUAUAAGUGUCACAGUUUCUUUUUUCUGCAGAUAAUUACAGAGAAAAUAACUACCAAUUAACCAAUAAAAGCACGCUGUCCUCUGCUGUAAAAAGUCUGAAUAGAUACUGUGUAUGUUUUUAUGUCCAUGAACUUGAGCUACUCGUGUGCAAUUAUGUGUAUGGGAAUGGAGUAGUGUUCAUGAUUUGUUACCUACAUCAUCAUAUGGAUGUAUAUUUAUUAAUAAAGUCAUUACCUUAAGACCA